GACAACACAGCUGCCCAACAGUUACUCGAUACAAGCUCAGUGUACUUCAGAGCUCAGAACCUUCGAAUUUUAAGGAUGCAAGCUGAGGACUAUAAUCGCAGAGCUAAGGAGCUGGUAGACUACAUCACAGAGUACCUCAGCUCCAUCCGAGAGAGAAUGGUGACUCCAGAUGUCCGUCCUGGAUACAUGAGAGAGCUGAUCCCAGAGAGCCCUCCCUCAGAACCAGAAGACUGGGACAGCAUCUUCCACGACAUAGAGAGAGUGAUCAUGCCUGGGGUGGUUCACUGGCAGAGCCCUCACAUGCAUGCCUACUAUCCCAGUCUGACAUCCUGGCCGUCCAUGCUGGGAGACAUGCUGGCAGACGCCAUCAACUGUAUUGGAUUCACCUGGGCUUCCAGCCCAGCUUGCACAGAGCUGGAGAUGCAUGUGAUGGACUGGUUGUGUAAAGGCCUCGGACUUCCUUCCUUCUUCCUGCACCACAGCCCUCAGAGCACUGGCGGAGGGAUCCUGCAGAGCACAGUGAGUGAGAGCACCCUGGUGGCUCUGCUGGCUGCCAGGAAGGACCGCAUCCUUCAGCUGAAAAAUACAGCUGAGGGCAAGGAGCUGGAUGACUCAGUGCUCAACUCCAGACUGGUUGCCUAUGCAUCAGACCAGGCCCACUCGUCGGUAGAGAAGGCAGGACUGAUCACGCUGGUAAAGAUGCGGUUCCUGCCCACAGACGAGCACUUCUCCCUGAGAGGAGCCACUCUGAGACAGGCCAUCCAGGAGGACAGGGAGAGAGGUCUGGUCCCUCUUAUGCUGUGUGCCACGUUGGGAACCACAGGGGUGUGUGCCUUUGACAACCUGUCAGAGCUAGGACCAGUGUGUGCAGAGGAGGGGCUGUGGCUGCAUGUAGAUGCUGCGUACGCUGGCUCCGCCUACUUCUGUCCAGAGCUGCGCUGGUCUCUAGAAGGAAUCGAGUACGCCCAUUCCUUCGUCUUCAACCCCUCCAAAUGGAUGAUGGUGCACUUUGACUGCACUGCCUUCUGGGUGAAAGACAAAUACAAGCUGCAGCAGACCUUCGCUGUCGACCCUGUCUACCUCAGACAUGAGAACUCAAAGGAUGCCACUGACUUUAUGCACUGGCAGAUUCCCUUAAGCAGACGCUUCCGUUCCCUUAAGCUAUGGUUUGUGAUGCGCUCUUUUGGACUGAAAAACCUACAGGCUCACAUCAGACACGGGAUCGAGAUGGCAAAACUUCUUGAAUCUUUGGUGAGAAGUGACCCUAAUUUUGAAGUUCCUGCUGAACGGCACCUUGGCCUGGUGGUCUUCUGUCUGAAGGGUGGAAACUCUGUGACCCAGGAGCUGCUCAGGGGCCUGAUACGGUCUGGGACCAUGUAUCUCAUUCCAGCAGACCUCCACACCAAACGAAUCAUCCGCUUCACUGUGACAUCACAGCACACCACGAAAGAAGACAUUCUCAGGGACUGGGGCAUCAUCUCCAAAAUGGCUGCCAUCCUCCUGGCCGAAGACCAGCCUGUCAGGCUGAGUGAGGAGCUAACGACCAAUCAGACAGAAGACCCACCAACCAGGGAGACAGAGAAGUCUUUGGAUAGGGCGACAGGGGAGGAGUCAGAGAGACUCUGUACCAUCGAUAAUGGAGGAGUCGAUCCUGGGCCAGAGCCAGGGGUUAGCCAGGGUCACGUUGGGCCAGAGACAGGCCCUGGGGAGUCCAGGCCGUCCGGAUCCAGGAACAGGAAGGUCCAUGUGGAGCUGUGGAUAGACAAAGACCAGGCCGUGACCGUGCCCAGAAGGACGGCUCGGUCCCUCAGCUGCAGCAGUGAGCCUCUGUCCUGCACCAUCAUCGGGGAGCCAGCCUUGCUCUCUCUGAAAGAGCCCAAACCGAAGCCCCUGUCUUCCAGCCCAGGAGGGGCCCACCUGUAUAAGAUCCCGGAGAAACCCCCGGGCAUGCUAAGUAAGCAAGCCCUGCCGAAGCUCACCAAGUUCUACAGCAUUCCUAGUUUCUACCAGCUGUGGGUGCACUGUGGCAGGUACCAGCUGUGUUGCCCUCUGAAAGGUCCACAGACCGGGCUGGAGUGCUGGUCCUCUUCCUGCCAAGGCCUCAGCUGCUCAGCUGGCCUCUCCCCAGAUCCUCUCUAGUCAGGCUCGCCCUCCUGCUCUCCCCAGAUCCUCUCUAGUCACGCUCCUCCUCCUGCUCUCCCUAGAUCCUCUCGUCAGGCCUCCUCCCCCUCCUCCUGCUCUCCCUAGAUCCUCUCUAGUCACGCUCCUCCUCCUGCUCUCCCUAGAUCCUCUCUAGUCAGGCUCCUCCUCCUGCUCUCCCCAGAUCCUCUCUAGUCAGGCCUCCUCCUCCUCCUCCUGCUCUCCCCAGAUCCUCUCUAGUCAGGCCUCCUCCUCCUCCUGCUCUCCCCAGAUCCUCUCUAGUCAGGCUCC